AUGGUAACAGAAACUCCAUGUUCAGCAGCCAGCACUCUUCCACAAACAUGCAAUGGUGCAGUAGGUCAAUCUUUAGGAGUUCCUACACAACUGGAAGUGUCUAUGAUUGGAAGCGAUGCCCUUAAACUAACACCAAAUUAUUACGCUGGAGGAAUUUAUGGCUGGAGAAAGCGAUGUCUAUAUCUUUUAGUCAUUAUGCUGUUAAUUGUUGUUGUUAUUAACAUGGCUUUGACAGUAUGGAUCAUCAAAGUACUGGAUCUGACAACGGCCGGUAUGGGAAGUUUAACAUUUACAAAAUAUGGCGCACAAAUUCAAGGAGAAACAGAAUUUCUAAACUCUUUACAGGCAGCUAACAUUCAAUCGCUUAACAAUCAUCCUCUGAAGUUAGAAUCAUCAGGAAACAUCUCUUUAAUGGCUGUUGAUUAUUUCGGAAAUCCAACUAAUAAACUAACACUUGGAAAUUCGGUUUUAGAAGCAAAAGGAAAGCAUUUUUUAGUUAGAGGAAACGUUAGAGGCGUAUUAUUCCACGUAGAACCUGAAGAAGUUGUUAUGUCAGCCAACGGCCUAAGAGUAUCAGAAUCGGGAGGAUUUAGAUUAGAAGGAUCUUUGCAAACAACUUUGUUACGUGGAAGUUCUACUAAAGACUUAAGGAUAGAAUCGCCAAUGAAAACUUUAGAUAUUCGAGGAGAUGCCAAAGUCGAGAUGGAAUCGAGAGUUGGAGAAAUGAAUGCCAAUUGCCUUCGAGAUAUGAAACUGCAGUCCACAGAAGGAAGAGUAAUCCUCGACACUUCUAAAUUGGAAAUGAAAAAUUUAAAAGUGACGAGAUCGUUUAAUAGAGAUCACGGGUUUCAACGUGUUUAUCAGAUGUGCAUGUGUGAAAAUGGCCGAUUAUUUUUAGCUAUGCGCGAAAGCCACUGCCAAACAAAAGAAAGCAUUUGUAACGAAAAGCCCGAAGCCCGUAUCAUCGACAAUGGUAGAUUUUCUAUUUAAGACGUUCCUGCUCCCAUUGAAAUAUCGAUCAAGAAACCGUUAAGAUUUUAAAACAAAAUGAGUCAAUAGGGAUUAACAGUACAAGUACUUGAACAUAUCUUAGCAAUAUUUAUAAUUUUAGUCCGUCGUUGAUUGAAACCGUCUUAACAAUUGUAUUAUAUUUGAUAUCGAUGAUGUUUUUGUUAUAAAUUUUAAUCAAUGUUGUUGUGGAUCUACAAAAUCCUGACAAUCGUCAUAUUAAAAAAAACAAAUAUUUAUACAUAUAUAGAUCUAUUGUGUGUAGAUCCUGUAUGAAAAUAUAAAUAAAGAAUUCUUUCCCCUUCUUUAAUUUGUCAAAUAUUUAAAUUCUUUCUUUAUCUUAUUUUAAUUCUUUCAUUGAUAACUAUUGUAUUAAAAUAAGAAAGGAAGAAGAAGAUCAUUUAUAUUCAUGGUGACGAUUUAAUUGAAUUCACUUUCGGCUACUCUGCAAUCUGUGAAUAGCAAUUGCAUAGAAAAGUCUAUCGACUGUUGAUAACAUUUCCGUAUUGAAAAAAAAAAAAAUUCGGAGAGAAAAUAAAUGUUACUGUUCUUUACUUUACUAGAGACAUUCUUAAAGUAAAAAAUAACUUUCAUUGUUAGAUACGUUUUGUUAUUUGCCAACUAAGAGGAAAAAAUAUUUUUAAUGUAAUCAUUCAUGUCUAAAUACUCAAUGUUUUUGACAAUAAACAAACACGUUGGCCCUUAAGUUAUACAUUAAAAAAGACUUUA